AUGAGUCUACCUAAUGUACCCACUGUGGGCUGUUUAGGCGGUGGACAGCUUGGACGAAUGAUGGGAUAUGCUGCUCAUCGUUUAGGUGUUAAUUUGAUCUGUUUGGAUCCACAAGGCAAAGAAUCUCCAGCUGGACAAGUGACCCAAAGCGUUGACGGAUCUUUUACUGAUGCUGCUGCCAUUGAAACUUUGGCUAACAAAGUUGAUGUGCUUACUGUUGAAAUUGAACAUGUUAAUGCACAAACACUUCGUUCAUUGCAAAAGUCGCAUCCCAAAUUACAAAUUCAUCCAAGUCCAGAUACAAUUGCUCUUAUUCAAGAUAAAUUUGCUCAAAAAGAAUUUUGCCGUGAUGUCGAUGUACCUCUUGGACCAUUUAUGGCAAUUAAUACUCAAGCUGAUGCUGUGGCUGCUGGUACAAAAUAUGGAUAUCCUUACAUGCUUAAAUCUCGACAUUGGUCGUAUGAUGGUAAGGGUAAUGCUGUUGUUGCCUCUGAAAAAGAUAUUGCUGCUGCUAUCAAAUCUUUAGCUCCAGAAAUGGCUGCUGGUAAAUUGUAUGCUGAAAAAUGGGUACCUUUUUCUAAAGAAUUAGCUAUUAUGGUGGUUCGACAAGGUACUGAUGUGCGAGCUUAUCCAGUUGUCGAAACAACUCAAAAGGAUAACAUUUGCCACACUGUUUUGUCUCCUGCUGUACUUCCAAACAAAGCUCUUCAUGAAGCUGCUAAAGAAAUGGCUAUGAAGGUUGUUUCUGCAUUGAGUGGCAAUGGUAUCUUUGGUAUUGAAAUGUUCCUUACUGCUGACAACAAAUUGUUGCUUAAUGAAAUUGCUCCUCGACCACAUAAUUCUGGUCAUUACACAAUUGAAGCAUGUGAGACUGAUCAAUUUGAAAAUCACAUUCGUGCUGUAGCCAACAUCCCACUUGGUUCACCAGCAUUGAAAGUUGGUGCUUCGUGGAUGUUGAACGUUCUUGGCACUGCUAAACCAGAAGAAACUACGAAGCUCAUUGCGCAUGCAGCUACAGUGCCUGGAGCUAGUGUUCACUGGUAUGGCAAAGCUGCCAUUCGCCCUGGUCGUAAAGUUGGUCACAUUACAGUAGUUGCUGACUCAAUGUCUGCACUUUUGGAACGUGCUGGCCAAGUCAGUCCAUCAGCUAAGCCUUCUGUAAAGCCUUCACCUGUUGUCGGUAUCAUUAUGGGUUCGGACUCGGAUUUGCCAUCGAUGGCUGCUGCUGCUAAAGUUUUGGAACAAUUUGAUGUACCU